AUGGCAAAGACCGAAAAAGACUUCAUAAAAUUAACAUCUGAUUCGUUAAUACUUCAAGAUAUUGUAGAUUUAGUCAAGGAUGACCAAGCUGGUGCCAUUUCAACAUUUUGUGACAAGACAGUCGUUCGCUUAGAAUAUGAAUCCUACAUUCCAAUGGCUGAAAAAGAGAUUUCAUCCAUAAUCAUUGAUGUUAGAAACAAAUGGCAACUCAUGAAAGUAGCGGUUUAUCAUAGACUAGGUAUAGUUCCGGUCGGAGAAACCAGUGUGAUAGUUGCGGUCUCGAGUGUUCAUCGUAAUGAAUCGCUUAAAGCUGUUGAAUGGUUAAUUAAUACAUUAAAGGAGAAGGUACCAAUUUGGAAAAAAGAGAUUUAUAAUGAUGGAAGCAGUUGGAAGGAGAAUACGAAGAAUAAAUGUUGUUAA